GAGUACAGUGUCAAGCUCCAUGUUGCUUCCAAAACAGCAACUCACACAACACUACCUGAAAAACUCAAAGGCUGUUUUAUAUCAAGCUAUCGAUUUAUAAUGGCUUUCUCAGGACAUGAUUAUUAUGAGGAAGACAGUGAAGAUGAAGUGUCCUCGGACAGCAGUUCUGAGCCUGAGAUCCAACCUGACAGUCCAAGAGAUGUACACAACACACCAUGCAAGUUUUAUAACCGGGGAAAUUGCAAGGAUGGAAGUCAUUGUCGUUAUCUGCAUGUUUGUGAAUACUACUUCAAAGGCAAUUGUAAGCAUGGAAUCAAGUGCAAAUACUCCCAUAGUGAAGAUGGAGAUGAUUUUGAGUCCCAAAGCCAGGAACCCAGGGAUAAACCCUACCAGUGGCAGAUUAGAAGUGGAUCGAAGUGGUAUGAUGUUGAAAUGGACUGGAUUAUUGAAGCCCAGUAUUCACUACCAAAUGUGAAAGGAAUUAAGUUGUACAAUACAAAAUUUGGCAUGAUUUGUAUUAACUUCAAUACCAUGAGGGUUCAAGGCAAACAGCUUGGUGUUCGACGUCAGACAUUUCCAAAUUCCAGCCAAAAAACUGCAUGGUUAUGGUAUUUCCGUGGUGAUACAAAAUGGCAAAUACUUGGAAAACAGGAUCCUCAAGACAGUUCUCUUUCUUUCACAAAUGCAGAUAUUGAGAGAGAGAGUACCAGCGAAAUAAACAUGGUUUGUUUCAGUUUUCGGUAGGAACUCAAUCCUAUCGUAUUAGUUUUCAAGAAAUGAAUCAAAUCAAUAUCCACUCUAAAAGUGAGAGAAGAGUAAGACGCCGCCCAGUGUUUGUUGUUUCAAAACAUGGAGACAGUCUCUCAACAUCUUUGAGCAGCAAGAGGUGGCAAUAUUCUGAUAGCAAAGGAAGCUGGCAUGACUUCAAACACAUGAGCUGCUCAGUUCAAAGCAAAGAUAUUGAAGAUGAAUACCAGAGAAAUCCGAAUGGAAAGAUGAAGUUCACUAUUGGAUCUACAUUAUUGGAGUUAGACUUUUCAGCAAUGACACAGAUGAACCUAUCCACUGGAAGAGUACGUGUUCUCCGGAGAGUCUAGCUAUCAUGUCCAUUUCUGCACACUGGUUGGAAGACAAAGAUGAAAAAGAAAACACACACAUUGGUGGAAAUUCACAAAUUCAUGUUUCAUAUGUUUUCUGAAAAGACAAAAAAUAACCGGUUAAUGUCAGCUAAUUUAGAAAAUGCAGAAUACCACAGCCAUGACUUGUUUUUCUUAUUGUAUUUCAAUGGGUUUUAUAUCUUUUAAAGAGAUAGCAAAUCUGACAAUAUUUUAUGAUACACUCUGCAACAAGCUGUUUUACUUUGGGGGCAAGUUUGAGUUUAUCCUUGACUAAGGUGACCAGAUUUUUAAGUCCUUAAAUUGUGAAUAACUUCCAACAUCCAAACUACAGGGAAGCUCUAGGGUUUUUAUUUUCACUUUGGCAAUGUUUGCUUGAAUAUCAUAUUGAAAGUGAAUGCAGAGACUCAUGGUAAUAUUCAGUGUGGAAUCUUUUACUUUCAAAAAAAUUUUUGUGAAUAAAUUAUCUUAUUGUCUUUGUAAUUUCAUUUCUACACAAGUAUAGUUAUUACAUUACACAGCAGCAAUUCGAUAAUUCUGAGAUUCUAUUUUAUUGCUGAUUACUGCUGCAAAUCUAGUCCCUUUUUUCUGCCCAAGAAACUGCAUCUUCUCUCUUUGAUUUCCAUUUCUUUCUCUGUCUCUAUCUCUAUGUUAUCCUCCAGUGUCUGCAAACCAGACCCUUCCUGUAUGAAAAUGGUUAUGUAUUAAAUGGUUAUUUCACAGAAUCUAUUUUUUUCAAAAUAUUAAAUUUCUUACCAUUUAAUAUGACAUGGUAUUUGUUCUGUAUAUAUUUUUUUCUAUUGCAGUUUCUACUUGGAUCAUUAGUGUUCCGUGAUUAAUACAUACUAGGAUUUUUUUUCAGACACUUUCUACUAUUAAACUACUACUAUUAAAGGUGAUGAAAUGUGUUAAAUAUCCUAUCUUUUGGCUGUGUGCAAUAAAUG